AUGGGAAGUAACCGCCCUAAGAAUUUCCGACGGCGAGGCGACGACGGCGGCGAUGAAAUCGACGGUAAAGAUGCUAACGCCGCGGGGAAACCGUCUUCUGCUCUGUCCUCGUUGAAACCUAAAAAACUCCCAGCCUCGGACCCGAAGAAGAAGCUCCUCAGUUUUGCAGACGAAGAGGAGGAAGAAGACGGACCUCUCCGUGUGCCGGUAAAGCCUAAGAACGGCAGAGAUCGGAUCAAAUCUUCAUCGCGUCUUGGCGGUUUGGGGUCUUCCCACAAACUUAACGCUUCUUCCACCAAGGAGCAGCGUCCUGCUUCUUCUUCCUCCACCGUGGCUCCGUUUUCCAACGUGCUUCCCCAGGCCGGCUCUUAUACGAAAGAGGCUCUGCUCGAGCUCCAAAAGAACACACGGACGCUUCCGCAUUCUCGCCCUAAUGCCAAUACCGAGCCCAAGUUAGUGCUUAAGGGUUUAAUCAAACCUCAGCAGGAGCAGGAGCAGCAGAGUCUGAAGGAUGUGGUCAAACAGGUCUCGGAUUUGGACUUCGAUGAGGAAGGUGAAGAGGAGCUCACUGAAGAUGUGUUUGUUAAUCAGGCGGCGAUUAUUAGAGCCAAUAAAGAGAAGAGGAGGCAGUCACGUUCAGCUCCGGCACCCGAUUUCAUAUCACUGGAUGGUACUACUGCUAAUCAUUCUGCAGUUGAAGGGGUUAGCGAUGAGGAAGCUGACUUUCUGGGAGGUUUCAUCGGUGCGAAACCUCACAAAAGUGAAGGUGUGUUUAAUUUCGGCGAUGAAAAGCCUACAGAUAAAGAAUCCACUAUAAGUAGUUUUGAUGAGGAUGAGGAUGAAGAAGAGAAGAAGUGGGAGGAGGAGCAAUUAAAGAAGGGUAUUGGUAAAAGAAUGAGUGAAGGGUCUAAUAGAACUGCAAGUAGUAAUGGAAUCGGCGUGCCUUUGCAUCCACAACAGCAGCCACUACCACAGCAGCAACCGCAGAUGUAUGCUUAUCAUGCAGGGAUGCCACUUGGUUCCGUGCCCCCUACCAUUGGUCCAGCUAGUAGUGUCGAUACAUUGCCAAUGUCACAACAAGCCGAGGUUGCCAAGAAGGCAUUGAAAGACAAUGUGAAGAGGCUAAAGGAAUCUCAUGCAAAAACCGUAUCCUCGCUGACCAAGACUGAUGAGAAUUUGACUGCUUCAUUGAUGAGUAUCACAGCGCUUGAAAGUUCUCUAGCUGCAGCUGGAGACAAGUAUGUCUUCAUGCAAAAACUUAGAGACUUCAUUUCCGUUAUCUGCGACUUCAUGCAGGAGAAGGGUUCCUUAAUCGAGGAAAUUGAAGAACGAAUGAAGGAACUCAAUGAGAAACACGCCUCAGCUAUUCUAGAAAGGAGAACUGCAGAUAACAAUGAUGAAAUGGUAGAGUUGGGGGCUGCCGUGAAAGCAGCAAUGACAGUUCUAAACAAACAAGGAAGCAGUGCUUCAGUGAUUGCUGCUGCUACAAGUGCUGCAUUGGCUGCCUCUGCUUCUAUAAGACAGCAGUCGGAUCAACCAGUCAAACUCGACGAAUUUGGCAGAGACGAAAACAUGCAGAAGCGCAGGGAAGUGGAACAGAGGGCUGCAGCCCGUCAGAAAAGGCGAGCCCGGUUUGAAAAUAAGCGUGCAUCAGCCAUGGAGAUUGAUGGAUCGUCUCUGAAAAUAGAAGGAGAAUCAAGUACUGAUGAGAGUGACAGCGAGACUUCAGCUUACAAGGAAAGCAGGGAUAAAUUACUUCAGUGUGCUGAUAAAGUCUUCAGUGAUGCGUCUGAGGAAUAUUCCCAGCUUUCAAGGGUGACGGCGAGAUUUGAGAAGUGGAAGCGAGACUAUUCAUCUACUUAUCGGGAUGCUUACAUGUCUUUGACAGUUCCUUCCAUCUUUUCACCUUAUAUAAGAUUGGAGCUUUUGAAAUGGGAUCCUCUUCAUCAGGAUGUGGGUUUCUUUAACAUGGAAUGGCAUGAGUUGUUAUUUAACUAUGGGAGGCCAGAAGAUGAGGAUGAUUUUGCACCAGAUGAUACUGACGCCAACCUUGUCCCUGAGCUAGUGGAAAAGGUUGCGAUUCCUAUUUUGCACCAUCAGAUAGUUCGUUGUUGGGAUAUACUUAGCACCCGGGAGACAAGAAAUGCCGUUGCUGCUACAAGCUUGGUGACAACUUAUGUUUCUGCUUCAAGCGAGGCCCUAGCAGAACUAUUUGCUGCUAUUCACUCUCGUCUUGUUGAAGCCAUAGCAGCUAUUACGGUUCCAACAUGGGAUCCUCUGGUAUUGAAAGCUGUACCUAAUGCUCCACAAGUUGCAGCAUAUAGGUUUGGGACAUCAGUCCGGCUGAUGAGAAAUAUAUGCAUGUGGAAAGACAUCCUGGCGCUUCCAGUGUUGGAGAACUUGGCUCUGAGUGACCUUUUACUUGGAAAAGUCCUACCUCAUGUCAGAAGUAUCUCAUCAAAUAUCCAUGAUGCUGUGACAAGAACUGAAAAGAUCGUUGCUUCUUUGUCUGGCGUAUGGACAGGACAAAGCGUCACAAAAACCAACAGUCGGCCGUUGCAACCUCUUGUGGAUUGUAUACUGACACUUAGAAGAAUUCUGGAGAAAAGGCUUGCCUCAGGACUGGACGAUGCGGAAACCACUGGUCUUGCCCGCCGGUUAAAGAGAAUACUAGUCGAGCUCCACGAACACGACCACGCCAGGGAAAUUGUCAGAACAUUCAAUCUCAAGGAGGCAGUGUAA